UCUAAUCUGAUCUGAAUCUGAAAGUGGUGUGUGCCUCUUGCUGUUUAAUCCGAUACAUCGUUGCUUAUCUAAAUAUUUAAAAGAACUUCCUAUUUUGCUCAACUUGGCCAUAACUUUUAACGUAAAAUGCUUGCAUGAACAAAGUGCUGUGCACGAGAAUAACGCCUAUUUUAUGACCUAAUAUUACCGAUUCCAUCUCGUCACAAUCCAUCAGUAUAGUAAAGUAAACGUCACUACAUCACACGUCAGCCGGAAUUCAGAAAAUAGAUCUGGAAUUUCAGAGAUUUAGUUGGUUUGUGCACAGUAUUGAAAUCGGUAAACUGUUUUGAAAAUGGUUUUAAUAGCGGCCGCAGUAUGCACUAAAGCAGGCAAGACUAUCGUGUCACGCCAGUUUGUCGAAAUGACAAAGGCUCGUAUCGAGGGUCUUUUAGCAGCAUUUCCAAAGUUAAUGACGUCUGGCAAGCAACAUACAUUUGUAGAAACGGAUUCGGUUCGAUAUGUUUAUCAACCCCUAGAGAAGCUUUACAUGUUACUUAUAACCACUAAAGCUAGUAACAUCUUGGAAGAUCUGGAGACAUUACGAUUGUUUUCGAAAGUGAUUCCCGAAUACUGUCGUUCAUUGGAAGAGAAAGAGAUCAUUGAAAAUGCGUUCGAUUUAAUAUUUGCUUUCGACGAAAUAGUCGCCUUGGGAUACCGGGAAAGUGUAAACUUGUCGCAAAUUAAAACAUUCGUCGAAAUGGAUUCUCACGAGGAAAAGGUUUACCAGGCAGUUCGUCAAACACAGGAACGCGAAGCUAAACAAAAAAUGCGUGAACGCGCCAAGGAACUACAACGCGCUCGAAUGGAGCAGAAAAAAGGAGGGCUUGGAGCCGGUGGUCGUCCGUAUGCUGCCAUAAGCUCGGAUGGAUUUGGUAGCAGUGGAGGCAUUUCCAAUCACUCCACAAUAACGACCCCGUCGAUCGGUAUUGGUGAAAUUAAACCUGCCGCAACCGUACCUAAGCCAGCUGCUCCGAAAAAUGCGCUAAAACUAGGAGGUAAAUCACGUGACGUUGAUACGUUUGUUGAUCAGUUGAAAAGCGAGGGUGAAAAAGUGGCAAGCAAUCCAACCCCGGCUGCUCCAACUGCCGUUACCAAAGCAAAGCCUGUUUCUGACGUACCGAUGGAUGACAUCCAUCUCCGCUUGGAGGAUAAAAUUGUUGUUCGUUUGGGACGAGAUGGUGGACUGCAGACACUCGAAUUGUCUGGAUUGCUAACGCUACGUAUAUCGGACGAAAAAUAUGGUAAAAUCAAGGUGCAGUUGGACAAUACCGACCAACGAGCUAUUCAACUUCAAACGCAUCCAAACGUUGACAAAGAACUUUUCAAAAGUAAAAAUCAAAUCGGUUUGAAAAAUCCGGCCAAGCCAUUCCCUAUGAACACAGAUGUCGGCGUACUCAAGUGGCGCUUCCAAACACAGGACGAAUCAGCCAUUCCGUUGACUAUCAAUUGCUGGCCAUCGGAAAACGCAGAAGGUGGUUGUGACGUUAAUAUUGAAUAUGAAUUGGAGCAUCCGCGGCUGGAACUACAGGACGUGUGCAUUACUAUUCCCUUACCUAUGGGUAUUGUCCCGGUUAUAUCCGAGUGUGACGGUGACUAUCAUCACGAUUCCCGCAAAAAUGUUCUUCAGUGGAAUUUAUCGGUUAUCGAUGGCUCCAGUAAGCGGGGCUCUAUGGAAUUCACGGCACCCAACUCUAUUCCGGGUGAUUUCUUCCCCCUCGAUGUUUCAUUUUCAUCAAAAGUUUCCUAUGCCGAAAUAAUGCCCGUGAAAGUUCAGCUAGUUGAAGACGAUGCAGACGUUAAGUUUUCAACGGAGACCCUCUUCUACACCGAUAAAUACGAGAUUGUGUAAAUUGCAAACUUUUGUCCGCUGCCGUUGUUUCCACUGUCAGGUGCCCUAUAAACCUUUAAAAUCCUUUCUGGGAAUGCAAAACUAUUCGUUCAAAAUAUUCAAUAUUGCAUAUAUAAAUAAUUUUAUGUUUAUUUACCCAUUAGUAUGAGCUGUACUGUUUAUUUUAGUUCUAUUUGAAUUCCAUUCUGUAAUGCUUAAGAUUUAUAAUCACAUCAAAAGCCCUUAGGUGUGUGGCAGGUGCGCCAAAAAAUCCACGCUACAAUCUUGAAAUAAAAUAUAUAUUGCAAACAUUAGCGGUAAGAUAUAAAUUGUAUCUAAUUAAUUUACUCGCAUCGAUUCAAUGAUAUAAGUU